AACAUGUGUAAAAUUGUUGUUCUGUGAUGUCAUUACUCAAUCUUGUAUCCUUAUUUCUUUCUUUUCCAUAUCUCGAUUUCUUCUACAGACCCAAAAAAUCAAAGACCUCUGCCUCUCGCAGGCUGGCUCUAAAGACCAAACUGCUGAAGAUGGCGAUGGUGAUGUUGGAGAAGGAGAGGGAGGCGAAGAAGCUGGAGAGAGAAAGUUCUCUGAGUGAGCGAGUCCCUUCUGUUCAGCUGUCUGGUUUGUCCAUGCAGGACCUUCAGGCUGUGUGCAAAGACCUGUACCAUAAGAUUGAUGUGGUGGAUGAGGAGCGCUACGACAUUGAUGCCAAGGUGGUGAAAAAUAGCAAGGAGAUUGAGAAUCUGUCUCAGAAGAUCUUCCAGCUGAAGGGCAAGAUGAAGCGGCCCGCUCUGAAGAGGGUGAAGAUCUCAGCCGACGCCAUGCUUGGAGCGCUGCUGGGCUCCAAGGUGAAAGAGUCUGUGGACUUCAAGGCCAACCUCAAGACUGUGAAGAAAGAGGAGGAGAAGAAAGAGGAGGUGACUGACUGGCGUAAAAACGUUGAGGCCAUGUCGGGUAUGGAGGGCAGGAAGAAGCUGUUUGAUGCAGGACAGUAGAUCUGUAUGUUUGGAUACUUUAAAUAUAAAUGCUCUUUUACAAUGGAGAGAAAAUAAGAAGGGAAAAAUGUUAGUGUGCAAUAUUCAGGUUUAAGAUUCAAUUCAGGAUUCAAAGGAAGUAGAUUGUGUAUAUUUUGCAUAUAAUUCACUCCUGUCCAUGAUUUGAUGGUGUUGGCACCUGGACACCCACCAUGGAAAUCAGCAUUGUGAAAUCUGCUGUGUUUCAUGAUCUGUAAAUGUGUGGUGAAUCCUGGUUUAUCUCAUGAUAAUAAAUACUUCUGAUGAAAACACAAAGCGGAUGCUGUUCUUUUGGUUCUAAAUAUCUACCUUCUCAUCACCUUCAUCCCAAGACUGGGAUCACAAGUCAGUUGGUCGUAAAAAUUCUCGGACCUGGCAGUUGACAACAAUAGCAGCUGAGAACAAAGUUGUUAAAUCCUCUUUGCAAUCAAAAGCAGAACUGUGAACGUCCCAAAAUAAGAGAGGUCGCAGGUUCAGGGCCGCAAUAAAUUGCUCAGUUAAAACGUCAAGGAGCACGGUUACAAUCAUCGCACCUCCUCCUAUAUAUAAUCAUUACA